AUUGGAUGUGGCGAUGUAUUGUCACUUCACUCCUGACUAGUUUUCUAAUGUAAUCGUGAUUAUCAUCUGGACUAUAUUUGUUGUACAUGUUUCGUCUGUUUAUUCUAGCCAGUAGUUCACGAUUGUUAUUCUUUCGUAUGUUUCAGCAGUCUAUUUUACCUAGUUCCUCAUGCCAACUUCCUGUUAUAGCUGUGUGCGGAGCUACUGGCACUGGAAAGUCAAAGUUAGCAAUAAGUCUCGCUAGUGUUUUCGAUGGUGAAGUCAUCAACUUUGAUGCACUGCAGCUGUAUAGGGGCCUCACAAUUGCAACAAAUAAAGUAUCACCUGCUGAAUGUCAGGGCAUCCCACACCAUCUUAUAGACAUUUUCCCUCCGGAAAAUGGACAGAAAUACGAUGUUCAUGCCUAUCGAAACAUUUGUCUACCAGUGAUUGAGAAUGUGAGGAAUGCAAAGAAAAAGUUGGCUAUCCUUGCUGGUGGGACACACUAUUACUUAGAAGCCGUAUUAUGGAAAGAUUUUUUGGCGUCCAAGUAUACCGUGUCUAAUACUCGGGACAAAAUUAAAAGAGAAAUUUCAUUUGACGAUCCAAAAGAAUGUUAUGAUCUCCUGUCUAAACUGAGACCCAGUCUAGCAGCUCACCUGCAUCCAAAUAAUGUUCGUAAAGUAAAAAAGGCUCUUCUGGAUGUUUUAUCAGAAAGUGAAGGUGAAUCGACUGAUGACACGAAGACUGAAGACAUGAAUGCUAAAAAAGAUGUUCCAAAUCGUUCUGUUAUACCACGAUAUCCUGGACAAUCUCUUAUACUGUGGUUAGAUUGUGCUUCUGAUGUCUUGAAUACCCAUUUAAAUAAACGAGUGGAUAUGAUGUUAGAAUCGGGAUUGAUUGGUGAAUUAGACUCGUUUCUUAAGGAAGCGAAACUGGCGAAUAUGUCUUCAACAUCAAAAUGUACUGAAACUGAAAUAACUGACAAUUGUGAUGACGACAAACAGAUUCGAGUGGAAAAGUUGAAGAAUUUGUUUUCUGAAGACUUGGAGACUGUUUCAGAUCCUUCAGUUCGUCGUGGUGUCCUUCAGAGUAUUGGCUUUAAAGAGUUUUCAGAUUAUUUGGCUUUGUUACCAAAUGAACGUGAUAGCCCGGAAGCUAACAUUUUAUUGAAUCAAGCAGUAGAGAGUGUUAAAUCAUCAACUCGUCAGUAUGCACGCCGUCAGGUUUCUUGGAUUAGAAAUCGGUUUCUAAGGCGACCUGUUGAAGGUGGUAUUCCUGUCUAUCGUAUAGACGUGACAGCUUUUCUACAAUCUGGAUCGAUAGAUAUUUGGAAUAAUUCAAUUGUUGCACCAGUUGUCCGACUAAUCUAUAAUGAAUUAAAGAAAAUAGGUGAUUCUGCCUUUAUUGAGGACCUGAAAAACACCGAUUCUAUACAAAGUUUACUUGAUAUUUGCCCUGAAAAUUGUUGUCCUACACCAGAACCAUUUUCUCUGGUCAAGUCUCCUUCUACUCCGGAUGAUAUUCAAUCACCAUUCAUCUGUUCAGUAUGUUCAGGUCGAAUAUUUACACAAAAGGAUGGCUGGGAAGCUCAUUUAAAAAGUAAAGCACAUCAAAAACGAACUGCUAAACAUCGUAAAAGAUUAUUGAUACAAAAAGCAAUGGAAACUUUAAAAUCAUAAUAUUGAAUAAUACUUAUUUUUAUUUUGCUUGCAUAGGAAUUUCUUUGAAUGAAUUUUACACACCUACCUGCUUUGCAAUCGUAUUAUUUAUGUAUAUAUCUGAUUUUCAUUAUUAUUCAAAGUGUAAAAUAAAGUAUUUCCCUUUUUGA